AUUUUUACUAAUAUUUCAUAUUUCAUAUAUUUAUCAGAUAAUUAACGAAAUAUUUUCAUGAUAUUCAUUGAGUGAAAUUUAAAUUUCACUCAAUUUCGUAAAUAUUUACAUUGAAUACUAAGUAAUUAAUAAUAACAUGUUUUGAUUAUUGGUGUAAUUCUAGUCAUACAUACAUUUAAUAAUCCAUUGAAUUAAAGUGUCAGGAAUCGAUUGAUUGGUUUGGGUCUUAGGGCACGAUUCCGACCCAAGAAGUGAAUGACUGAAUGAAUUGUCGAUACAGUAAACUAACGGCUGUAUUGACCACCGAUUCCAGUCUCGACACAAUUGAUCCCGACUUUUAUGAGCCCAACGAAGACAAUCUCAUGAGUGAUCAGACAGUUGUGGCCAACGAUUGCGACCAGAAUGAGAAACUCCUUCAAACCAAUUACUAUAAUCAGUCCAACAAUUACUUCGGUACUCAACACCAAACAGAUGAGAAUAAUAAGUCUAAAAGAGUUGGUCCGCCGCCUAUCAGACAUGGAGUGGAUUACGUUAACCCAGAAGAAGAGGAUCAAAUGUCCAAAGAGAGUUUGGAAGUUCCCUCCAAUAACACGAAUGCAUCCCAAUGUCUGGUUCGACCCAAAUCUGACGGUAUCUUUGAAUUGACCAACACUUUGACAUUCUUUGAAAACAAAAAAGUCCGCUAUAUUUGGGACUCAGAAAAGAAAGAAUUCUUCAAAGUUCGUGGACUAGACUCAGACAUAUACUGCUCUUAUUUUUACCAACAAAAAGGCCUUACGAUUGAGGAACAGAAUUCCAGACGGAUCCUUUACGGCGAGAAUGCCAUUGUAGUGGAAGUGAUGACAAUUUUACAAAUAUUAAUCCAAGAGGUUUUGGAGCCCUUUUACAUAUUUCAAAUUUUUAGUCUUCUGGUGUGGCUUUUGGAUGAGUACUACUAUUACGCCGGAUGUAUUAUUGUCAUGUCCUCCCUGUCCCUCACCACAAGUGUCAUUCAAACGCGAAGAAAUCAAAAACAAUUGAGAGAUACCGUUGAGGGCGUCGACACCGUCAACGUCUGUCGCGGCAAUGAGGUGUACGAAGAGAUCGAGUCAUCGAAGUUAGUUCCGGGAGAUGUGAUUGAAGUACCCGCUUAUGGAUGUAUUAUGCAAUGCGAUGCCGUUGUCAUCACUGGUAAUGUGAUUGUCAAUGAAUCCAUGUUAACAGGUGAGAGCGUUCCGGUGACAAAGACUCCUCUGCCCAACACUACCAUCGAUGAGAAGUAUGACACUAAAGAACACGCAAAACAUACCCUCUUUUGCGGCACUAAAGUCAUACAAACGCGAUAUUAUAAUAACGCAAAAGUGAAGGCAAUUAUAAUCCGUACGGCAUAUCAGACAGCGAAGGGAGAGUUAGUCCGAUCCAUAAUGUUUCCCAAACCGGUUGACUUCAAGCUCAACCGACACAUCCACCAAUUCAUUGGUUGUUUGGCUGCCCUCGCAUUCAUCGGAUUCAUAUACACCGUGGUCCUGAAGGUACAGCGUGGCAAUCCGUGGCAUAAAAUAUUACUUAAGGCAUUGGAUUUGAUAACAAUUGUCAUACCGCCAGCACUUCCCGCAGCCAUGACUAUAGGUGUGGUGUUCGCACAGUCGCGACUCCGGCGCUCAAAUAUCUUUUGCAUAUCUCCGCGAUCUAUAAAUAUUAGCGGAUGUAUUAAUUGUGUCUGUUUUGACAAAACCGGAACUCUUACCGAAGAUGACCUCAAUUUUGCAGAAGUAGUUCCCGUCAAUACAGAUAAGAAUAAGUUUGAAUCGGCUGUCGAUGUGUUGACUGAGUUAGAGUUCGGACCAUUGCUGGUAUGUCUCGCGUCGUGUCAUUCGUUGACAAUAAUCGACGACAACAUAAUCGGCGAUGCAUUGGAUCAGAAGAUGUUUGACGCCACGGAAUGGCAGUUAGAAGAGCCUCACGUCAGCGAUACCACCAAAUAUGACUUAUUGGCCCCAACUGUCGUCAAACCCAAGAACAAGAAUGUGGGCCCAGAAGUGGGAAUUCUGAGACAAUUUCCAUUCUCAUCUAGUCUUCAGCGGAUGUCUGUUAUCACCCGAUUAUCGAAUGGCACGGAAUUUGAAGUUUAUGCAAAGGGAGCGCCAGAAACUAUAUCAGUCUUAUGUGACCCAAACUCAUUGCCCGACGACUUCACUGACACUCUCAUGGAGUACACAGAGAAAGGGUUUCGAGUGUUGGCAUUAGCCUAUCGUCCGCUGCCAGCCAUGACAUAUCCGAAGAUGCAAAGAGCCAGUCGUGAAGAUUUAGAAAAGAAUUUACAGUUUUUGGGUUUACUUAUUAUGGGAAAUAUGUUGAAACCAGAGACCACUCCUAUUAUUGAAACCUUAUUGUCUGCAAACAUUAGGACUGUUAUGAUUACCGGCGACAAUAUGCUAACAGCUCUUAGUGUGGCGCGAGAGUGCAAUAUGAUUCAGCCCUACCAUAAGGUAGUACUCCUAGAGCCCGAUCCCCUCACUUAUGAUGAAGAUAUUCCUUCACUUAUCUGGAAGUUUGCUAAUCCGGUGACAAAACGCAGACAUUCUAUAGUGAACUUCAAAUUGAUUGACGGACAGGAAAAGGAUAGACUACAUGUGGCCGUCACCGGCAAGACUUUUAAAAUAUUGCGCGAUUAUUAUCCUGAUUUACUCAACAAAGUAGCCAUAAGGGGAACUGUAUUCUCUCGGAUGGCACCCGAACAGAAGCAGCAACUUGUUGAACUUUUACAAAAUUUGGGAUAUAUUGUGGGAAUGUGCGGCGAUGGAGCCAAUGAUAUGGCGAGUCUAAAGCAGGCGCACGCGGGGGUCAGUCUAUCGGAGGCGGAGGCGUCGGUGGCCUCACCCUUCACAUCCAAAACGCCAAACAUAUCGUGUAUCCCAAUCCUGAUCCGUGAGGGUCGGGCCUCAAUCGUCACCUCAUUUGGGAUCUUGAAAUACAUGGCGUUAUACAGUUUGACUCAAUUCUUUUCAGUCAUAAUCCUUUAUACCUUUUAUUCCAAUUUGACUGAUAAAGAGUUUCUAUACGAAGAUCUCUUUCUCAUUACUCUAUUUGUCACACUCUUCGGUAGAACUGAAGCCUUUGAUCAGUUGAACCGAAAGCCUCCGCCGUCUUCACUGAUAGGAAUCACUCCCUUGUUUUCCAUUGCAUUGCAAAUACUUUUGGUGGCAUUUAUUCAAGUGAUCGCUAUUGUCAUCGUAUGGCAACAGUACUGGUAUCGACCCCAUGUGACCAGUGAUCCCGAAGACCUUCAAAGUCAUGACAACUACGCUGUCUUCGCCUCAUCCGUCUUCCAGUACAUCACCCUUUCGGUGGUCUUCUCUAAAGGGGCGCCCUAUCGGAGGCCUCUCUAUUCAAAUCGAAUCGCAGAAUUCUUUGAGCUCGAGGUUAAGACAAUUCCCAUCAACUUCCGCCUAUUAAUGGUGUUGUUAGCCAUCGCUCACUUCAUUCUCGCCUUCUUUGCUGAGUCAUUUAUUGUGGAUUACUUGGUAUUCAAGAAGUUGAGGAAAUGGUUUCCAUCAUUAGUUCCGUCUGAAUCUCUAUACAAGAAGAUUGACAACGAGACCAAACUGAGCACCCGAUGGCUGCCCAACCCAUUGGCCUCCUAUGCAAAGCCUCACCGACGGAACGGAUCGACAGUCUCCUCGUCCACAAAUCACACCCCAAACGACAUAAUCAGCAAAUCCUCUCCGCCUGAGUCGGGCGUUUGGACUCAAUCUCAGGCCUCGUCUGUCAGUCCUAUCAUGAGAGACAACGAUGUCUUGCGUUCAGACACUCAUCGAAAGCCACCCAUUAUUUGAUGCAAUCAUUACAUCAUUACAUCGAAAUAUAUGAUAAUAUAAAGAGAUAAUAACCAUUCAAUUGAUGGACUAUUUGUUAUUAAAUUAGGAAAUAAUUGCUUUCGACUAUUAAUUAACACAUUUCUCUCAUUACAUGCCAAC